AUGGAAAUAAUCAUAUCUAUGAUUAUACUAUUUUUUGUGGUAGCCAUUUUGGUAACCAUUCAUUGUUGUGUUGUGAGAUGGGCUUUUAGUGAUGAUCUGACAGCUGGGAGGCCGUCUUCGCCUUACCAAACUCCGAGCAUGAAGCUGGAGGAGAUCAAGAAGCUCCCAUGCUUCGAUUACAAAGCGGAGGAGGAGAAAGAGAUGACGAAGAAUUCGGAGUGUGCAGUUUGCUUGGAGAUCUUUGCUGUGGGUGAAAAAUGCAGGAUUUUGCCAAAAUGCAAUCACAGUUUUCAUGCCAAAUGCAUAGAUUCUUGGCUUUUGAAGACUGCUGCUUGUCCAGACUGA